AAUCGUAUUCUUUUGCAGAAUGAAAGCCUGUCUUUUUUCUUCUGCGUUCUUCGCAAUUGUGGCCUCUGCACUGCCAGAUCCAAAGGGUCAUGAGUUCCGCGCCGCAGGACCUUAUGACAGUCGGUCACCGUGCCCAGGCCUCAACGCUCUCGCCAACCACGGUUACCUUCCACGUGAUGGCGCAAACAUCAAUUAUAACAUGAUCAAUCAUGCAGCCCAAGCCGCUUAUCAUUUCGAAGAUGGCUUCUACAUCGAUGCCGUCAACAUGGUGUUUCAGCUUAAUAUCUCAACCACAAACCGACCCAACGAAACCUUCCAUCUCCGAGACCUGGCUCAACAUGACCAGAUCGAGGUCGAUGGCUCUCUCACUCGAAACGACAUUUUCUUCGGCGAUGAUUUGCACUUCGAUGCUACUGUCUUUGAUCCCGUCGCACGCGAUCUUGGGCUGAAUAAGAUCAGCCGUAAAGAUAAAUUUGUUACUAUCGAAACAGCGGCGAAAGCAACGAAAAAUCGACUCGACCUUGCCAAACGUGUCAAUCCGGAGUUUAAUGUUUCCGUGCACCAGCAUGAGACGGAAUAUGGCACUACUGCACUCUAUCUUCUGACACUGUGGGAUGAACACCAGAAGGCAGCACCAAAACAUUGGGUUAAAGCAUUACUUAGCGAGGACAGGAUUGCUUAUAGAGAGGGAUAUAAUAAAGGGAAAUCGGUCAAGACGAAUAAGCAAGUCGGUGCUAUGACUCAAGCUGUUCGAGCGGUGGUUGGGUGGAAACCUUAAUUGAAUAUCUAUUUGCAGACCUAAGACUGUUAUAGGGAAGAUAGAUAAACUUUGAAUGCUAUAAUUAUCUUUGUGAUAUGUCCU